AUAGCUUAUCCACACGUGGGCUGCUUUUCCGGAAGAAGCAUCUUGCGCUACUUCAACCGUCAACUGAGGAGAGCUUCAAGUGUGGGCCAGGAAGGAGAAGACGCUGUGAUGAGGUGUUUUGAAGCAGCUCGUGAUGGGAAUUACGAUAUCUUUGCGGUCAGCAAAGUCGGUCGAAAAAUCCAAUGUUUGUCUGGUAGAGAUGCGAAAAAGAAUCUCAAAAAGUAUCAAGAAGGAUCUGGUUGUAAAAAUGGACUUGGCGGUCAGAAUUCAUUCGACAUCUACCUCGUGCCAGGUAGGGCAAUCUCGGCAGAGUACUUUCCUAAAUCAGGUAUAUAGGUACGUGGGGCGCAAAAGGGUAUAGUUUUCAAUCGGCAUUUGUAUAUCACCAGAUAAGCAAUCCACCCCGCGAGCGCUUUAACGGUUGUUAGACCAUGGUUACACCCACUCAGCCAAUAAGUGCCGAUAUUUCUAUGCCCUAUAUUCCAUACUGAAAUUAUGUAAAGUGAUGUAUGCUUUGAAGCAUAGGGAAAAAUUGUUCGCCAGUCUUCUCUAUAUGAAGAAUACUAAGAAGAACUUUGUUUUUCACUGAUUGAAAUCCUUAUUACUAUUCCCUACAUAAAGAAUACUGAUGACAAUCUAAAACAUACUGAAUUGCUUAAGCCUGCUGUAAAUAUGUGUUACUAAAAACAACGAACAACAACAGCAACAAGAAUCUUGCUCAAAGAUGUUUUCAUCUCAGCUCACCGGUUUGUUUCCACACUGUAAUGAAGUCAAUAAUGAACCAAAAUCAGGAAGUCACUUGUUGCGUUAUUCAGCCAAGACUCGAUAGACGUUUACUGACCAGGCAGUGCUUUGUUGGGUUAGUGCGGCGGUUGUCGUAACGUGAUAUUGUUUUGGUAUUGAAGCAGCUGCUAUUGUUCUGGAGUCUAGUGAUUGUUUCUUGUGCUUAUUCCUUUGUUUGUUUGUUUGUUUUUCUUUUACCCGAAGGGUGGGCAGCCAAUUACGUGAGACCUUACGACAGCCGCUGCACGUCCCUUUGUCGAGUUUUUUUUUGUUUUUUGUCUUCUCUGUGCAAAAUUUGUUUCGCUGUGGCAGACCUCUGGAAUCGAGCAACUUGAUGCCUUUAAUCCCUCAAUUACUCGGAUACCCCUGCUCCCGCAAAAGCAAGUAACUGUUGUGUGGCUAGAACGGCCACACGCCUUCCUCCAGCUCCGAAUACUGGCUUAUAGGCGAAGGAAACAACCCCUCAAAACAAUGAAAGAAUGAGUAAGACAAUGAAGGAGACAGACGGAAAAAAUAAAGGCAUUCCGAGUCAAGACAUGGUAUCAACAUAGCAGCGACGAGUAAAAACAAACAAACAAACAAAGAAAACCAAAAACAAGGCAACUGGUCAUAAAAAAUAUUCUAAGCAAAUUGUGCAAGACAAGUUUGUACAUUGUCUAAUGAUCUACUGAGGGAAAAAAAUCAUUUCCUUUUCUGGAAAGAUUGUGAAUUAAUUAACAAAUUCCACGGACACUGUCCCUUGUGUUAUCAAUCACGUGAUCUUCGCACCGACCAUUGUGGUGCGCUGCGUUAAACGCCACGGGAAAAUUUCGCCCCUUUUAGUAGGACGUUCAAAUUUAAAGAUCACGUGACUGAUAUCAUGCAAGAGUCAGGAAGACAAUAGAUGUUGUAGUCAAAGAGAUUGUGUACUCUAGAAAACUGUGGUCGAGGCUAGACAAAUAUUUUGAAAACAUCACUCAGUCAUCUUUGACUGAAACUCGUCCAUAUUCAGUUGUACACUGUUAUGAGACAGACUUAAACGAAAGUUCUACAUCAACUCUCGUUUAAGUAAUCGUGUCUCGGACUGGUUUGCUAGAUUGCUUUACUCGACAGGGGGUGAGACAGAGAGUUGCCAAGACCUACCAGAUGGCGAGUAUCAGGACUCGCUGUUCUGCAAUCGAUUCUACACAUGCAUGGACGGCAAAGCCACUGUAAACUUGUGCCCGAUGGGACUGCUCUUCGACCCUGCAACAAGGCAAUGCCUACAUGAAGUGCCGUGUCCUCGUAAGUUAGAAACGUCCUUUCCAAAUCAUGCGCUAAAGAAAAAUUGUUGGUUGCUGCUAAUCAAACACAGCUUGUCUUAUCUUAGAGGGGGAAGAUAUAUAGGGUUUAUUUCGCGCUUGCUGGGAGUGUGUGAUUCUUCCUUACGAAUGGUCAAGAAUACCAAACGAACAAGCGCACACACUAACCUCUGGGCUGUUCCAAAAUAGGGCCGUCUCCGAUUAAGUGCGCAUUCGAUUGACCCUAUUCUGGGAUAAGAAUAAAACGAACAACGUUUAGAUUUUUCUUUGGAGGUAAAUUUAGGAAGAAAUAAACAUUCUACUGCUCAAAAUUUUUAAAGCUUCCAAUUUCGCCACACUUUCCAAAUUUGAAGGAAAAAGAGAAGUUACUUUUUUUGAUCGCAGUAACAUUUUGAGACUGAAUAAAUGAUUCACGAAAGAUGCUACCCUCUUUUCUCAGCUUUUCAAGGAUUUUGCGCUUCAGUGCUCGGUUUGAGACUGGCACAGGCAACGCACGCGCGAUGAUGAUUCUUAAUAUUCCGAUGUUCACUUUCAUACAUUUUCCCAAUCUAGAGCCAUAAAACCGACAAAGCGGCGUUUGGCAAAGUGACGUCCGUAAUUUUAACCCCUAAGCAACAACACCAGAUCUGUAGUUAAGACUGCACCUUUUUUAGGGAUUGACUUGAAUUAGAGCACCGAUACCGCGCAAAAUCUUCAAUGAGGGCUACUUCCAGGGCCUCCUCUUGCAUAACUGGUUAGUUAAACUAAUCAGGCCUCUACUCAACGUCAGGCCCAGUUGAUUAUGGUUGAUAAAUAGAAAUGCUCAUGAAGCACGACUAGUUUCUUCGUUUCAUGUUUUUAUUUACGUUUUCAGUCUUGACCGUGCGUGAAACACACCAUUUCGUUUUAGAGUUUUAGAGAUGAUUAACCGAAUAGCUUUGUUUCACUUAUUCGAACCUAAUGAGCAAAUCAGCAAGAAAAGAUUUUCCAGGGGCGCGACUUCCUUUUCCAACUCUUGUUCUCUCUUUGAAAUUAGGUGGUGAACCAUGCACUUACUACGAUGAUGGGGAAUAUCCUCACCCGACAUCGUGCCGGAAGUACUUGGUAUGCUACAAACAUCAAGCAUUUGAGGCCAUAUGCCCAAGCUAUCUCUGGUUUAACGACGACACUAAAGAAUGCGAUUCACCUGGUAACACCGAAUGUUCGAGUAAGCUGAUUCCUUUGUAUUUCAGCCCAUCAUUUUAAUCAUGAUUAACAAAAUGUCGUUUUCAGUGACUUCUUUCUGAUUGUCUAGAGUAUUCUUAACCAGACCAAGUAAUAAAAUGUUACAAUGAUUGUUUUCCCUCGUUGACAGUUACUUUCUAGUUGAAGUUAACGUAACAGUUUGCAAAUGUAUUUUUCCAUGAACUCUUACGCUAAUUCGACGCGAAAAGAAACUAAACUCGGUGAGGUAAACUGGGCGGGGCCGCCCGUAGAAUGACCUCAGUUGCCAAAAGGCACAUUAGCAGUUCAAACUCAAGAUCCGAGAUCCCUGGCACGCUGUCUGCUCCGUGCUGACAAAAUACUAAUUUUUACUAGUUCUGAUCAACACAAUUUACAUUAAUUUUGCUAAAUAAAUUUUAUCAAGCACACGGUACGUUAAAGAUGUCCCGGAAGCGAAGAUUUAAGUCGGGGCAUACCUCCCUGAUAUACCAGGAUGCCAGAAAAUACUGGCUCUGAAGCGAAGUAGCGAGUCCGAGUCAGUGAGGGCGCCGGAUUUGUGUGCGGUGACCCCGGUCCAAAUUGCUCCCUGACCACUACAUAGACUUGUUUCGUGGUAGCUCGCUGUUGCAAAUCUUCCCUUUGCGCUUGUAAAUAGCCAUCUGGUCUGGCUCUCGCCAGUUCCGAUUCUUAACCUUGUUUCGUUGAACUUGAUUGUUUCUAUGUAUAUUACCUACUCCCAUGUAUGAAUAAAAGUUCUUCACUUUUUACUUUAUCACGAAGCUUCAAAAUUACUGGGGUUCUCAUCAAGAUGAAACAAUCAUUUAAGCGUGAAGACGUCACCCCAGCAUGUAUAUUCCCUUUUGCAGAUGAUCCUUGCGAAGACUCAACCUGUUUAAACGGAGGAACUUGUAUGGCAUCACAAGAAGAAGACUCACAGUUCAAGUGCACCUGCAAGGCUGGAUUCACUGGCACUCGUUGUGAAGGUACGGAGACCUCUAAAACUACACCAGGCCAGCAAUUUUUCCCGUAUUGGUAAUCAACGAGGCCGAGCACCAUAAAUUGCAAGCGUAUCUGUUAAAGAUCUCCAAAACGUGUAUGAGUCGAAUGCCGCGACGGUAAAUUUUGAAAACUUUGAAAAUAAUUGUACAAGGACUCGAGCGAUUAUUUAUUUUUGAGGGCGACGAAGGAGCCCGAUUCCUAAUCCAGUAGAUGACGUCAUUACGGUUAGUUUUACAGCCGCGAGAAAUCGAGAUUUUAGGAAUAUUCUAUUCGUCCGACUCCUGCACUUUUGGAACAGCCACUGCUAAGCCAUAUCGCUUUCUUUGCGCAAAACCGCCAAUGUUGCUUCUAUAUAUGGCAACAGACUCAGAGCAGGCCUUUGAAUCUGUAGUGUCUCUUAUUGUAUGCUACAGUCGAACUCUUUUAUGGAUUCUUUUUAUUCUAUCUAUAACUGCUUUCCAGUUAAAUUAGUUCUGCUGAACUCUCUUGAACGCAGUCACGUACGACAUGGCCUCUCCUGAUUGCAUAAGGUGACGGCCCUUUACUUGUUUUCGCCCUUGAAGUGUAUGAUCCAAAACCCAUCCAGUAACAAAUUUUGUUACUUUGCUGGAUCAAGACCGCAAAUUGAAAGAGGAACACUCUUACUUGAUUUACUCAUGAUAAACCAAAAAAACCUAAUGUUGGCUCAAUGCGUUGCUUUCGUAUGUCAUGCCGGUACAUAACUGCGAUAAGCAGUCUUUCUUUCCCGAAACUGUUAAGCUCUCCAAACCUGAAGGCCAUGUUUUUGUUUCUUCUGGGGUAAAAAGUUGAUAACCAAUUUAAGCUGUCUGCGGUGCAAAUUGAACAAAACAGCUCUAAAAAUUUUGCCACUUUGUGCUGUUUGCGAAAUUUGUACCUGACGUGCACUCAGCCAACCUAACUGCAGAAAUCAUUACACGUAAAUUAUUUAAGAUGCACUGAAGUGAAAAAAGUGGCACAGUAAUUUUUGCAUUUAGGCAAUUAGUGUAGGACUUCAGCGUGUUUGACCAUGUGACCUUUUCGUUUUCGCCGGGUGCUUGUGCGCGUUCUACCAACUGAAAAUGGACGCCACGUAUGUUGGUAGAAGGUUAAGACGAUAAGGUUUGUGGCUCAGACAUCCAGCGCUUAACUUUGGUUUUCGUAGCAUUAAGUGACUGGAAGUAUCACUACUUCUCCUGGAUGGAACACCAGUCCAUCGCAGGUUAUCCCCUCCCCAACUUAAGGGACUGGAGACUGAGUCUCCUUCUGGCCUAAAACAACAACAACAAAAAACGUUAGCAAUAGUUUAUUUUCAUCUUUAGAUACAUUUGCGACAUACGUGAAGAACACAAGAUAAUUACAAACGGAUGGGUUAUUCUCGAAGAUAAGACUGCCCUGCUCUAAUCUGCCAAAGCGCGGAUUCCACAAAAGAGCUGUUAACGGUGCUAUAACCGACGGACAUGUUUUACUCAUUUAGUAUAGUGAUCAUCCAUUCGCGCGCCGCCUCCCAUAUGUAGCUAUAGUCUUUGCCUGUUGCUAUGCCUCUACCAUAUUUUUCUGCCAAAAUAGUUUUAUGACAACCAUAUGACACAUUUUCUUUCCUCUCACCUGCAGUUAAAGUCAAGCCAUGCAGCUUACAUCCUUGCAAGAACGAAGGAAUGUGUCAGGAGCUCGGAGACAGCACAUAUGUGUGCAAAUGUAAACUGGGUUACGGGGGACAGAACUGCACCGGCAAGUAUAUUUUGAUAUAUCUACAGCAAGGGAAACUUAUGGGAGAAAACGAAUUCCCUUUACGGCACCUUUACCAAUGAUAAUUUUUUUUCAACCUCAUUUUGAAAAGAGGUCGCACAGCAAGCUACAUUUCAAGAACUGAUCAUGAUUGGUCAAUUGAAUGGCAUAAGGUCAUGGAGACUGCGUAGUGUAAUCUAAGCUUCCCGUCUGUUUUUAAAUUUCACGGGGUAAAUUUGAAAGUAAAUUGAAAACAAGUAUCCGGGAACAUGGACGCACGUUCUCUCUCUAAACGUGGUCAAUUGACCUUCAGACAGAACUCAGUCCUUACAAGGUUACAGUAUUCUGUUGUAAAUGCCGCGUUUUUUUUCUUUUACUCUUCAGAGAAAACCGACUUCGAGAGUUCCGAGAUUCUUUCUCAUAAUAAAGAUCUCUUGAAAAUCCUCCUUGAGUAUCUGAAGGAUGUGGAAACAAACGGAAAGCACUGGAAACUGUGCUUCAAUGCAAGAGAUCAUUCUUACAGUGCUGCUUCAUUCCAUGCCCUUUGUAAUAAUAAAGGCCCCACAGUUACCCUAGUCGAAGUUGGACAUCUCGUAUUUGGCGGAUACACUGAUCAACCAUGGACUUCAUGUAAGUGUCAUGACACAACGAGAAGUGUUGUGGCUACACGAGCCAUAGCCAAAGUGUUCCUAGUCACCGACGACUAGAUGACUAGAUACGGUCCACGGAGUCAAGUGAAAUUUGUUCCUCAGUUAAAGUUCACAAAUGAUGAUACUUAGUUUCCAGUUUCCCCGCGUUUCGCCCGAAUAUCUCUUUUAGCUUUGCGUUCUGAUCGGCUAGUAAAAAAAUUCUUGGAUUACUUUGGUAUGUGGUUGUAUGAAGGGGAUAUUCCUUCAGAAGAAGGUUGGCUCUCUAAUUGCUGUGAUUUUGGUUUUACGAAACUCAGGUGAAAACAGGUCUAACACCCAUUGCACGCACACAAAGUUAGGCACGGCACUCCAGUCACUCGGCGGGGUGCCGUGCCAAUUUUUAGGCGCAUGUAAAACGGGUUGAGAAAAGGUGACUUAAGGCCGUUUACGCAGACUCCCGCUUUAAUUUGACGUGUGUCACAACCACGAGUGAUAACGUUUGCGUUUAUUUGAAGUAUCACACUAUUUUUCUUCCAGUAAGAGCUAGCCUCCGAUAUAGUGUAACCUGGAUGAGCUUUCCUGCGUUAGUGACCAGAAACCACAAUGUGCUUGAUAUUUUAAGAGAAUGAGGAGGUAAUGGUUUAGACGACGCCUCGUCGCUUCAGUCUAAUUGUCAACAAUAUGCUCUGAUUAGUAAUUAUUACUAUUUAAGACCACAUUUCUACCAACUUUCAUUUGUUCAUGUUUUAGUUCAAGAGAGAUAUAAGGGAUUUUCGAAGCUCACAUGACGUGUUUUUGCGAGAAAACUUGUUGACCCCGGGAAGGGCAGGGGGGACACGUAACUCGCAUAUGAAAAGGGCGGGGAUGCUUGUCGGAAAUUUUGAAUUAAAGUCCUGAAGGAGACCAGUCUGGGCGUGGCCCAAACUUUUUUUUUUUUACCUCUAAAAAAGACCAUUUUAAUUUAAGCACAGACAAAUGAAAAAUGCCGUGACUUUGAAAACAUAAGAUCCGGAGACCUCACUCGUCAGUGGUUUAAUUUUUGUUCUACGGCUAUUAUCAUACCAAAAAAAUGCGUGCGAACCAGUUGUUGUCCUGCAACACCGUUUGUGUUCCCGCUUUACUAAUGUAUCGAACACUUUAAUCUGGUUUUCAUGGCCACCGAGAUUUUGUUUAUAUUAAAUAUACUUUUAUAUUUCUUCGCGUGCAACCCUAAUCGAGACCUUCACGGCUAAAUAUAAUGGUGUUUUGCCCUGAACACCCUUAGUGAGACCAAAAUCCUAAAUUUACAGACCUAUGCGAGACGACGAGCAUCCCCGCCCCUUUCCUAUGCGAGUCCACCCUCGGCCAAGCUGAGUUUAAUUCUCCUGUUGUACAAAAUAACAAGAUAAAUCACUCUUCAAGAUUUUAUUAUAUACUGAAGUCCAAUGACAGCUAUUACAAGGUGCGAACAACUUUAACUCAUUUUAAAAAAGAGAUGGUUAACUUUAUCUCCGUUUGUCUUCGACUGUUUACAUUUUGUAAGUAAGAGGAAAUGCCAUGAUAUUCAUACAGAGCAACUAGACACAGCUUUCUAAGAAACGGUGACUGAAGCCAGGUUUCUUAGCACAGGAUCGUUCUAUGUCAUCCUCACCCUUAAAUAAUGAGUUAAUGGUUUUGCCUAUCUCUUAUUUCAGAUCAAAAUUUCAAGAGCAGCACCAGCUCCUUCCUGUUUUCGCUCCGUAGUUCUACGAACACACCAUUCAAAAGUCCAUUGUUCCAGAACUAUAACUAUGCCACGUUUGACUACUCAACCUACGGGCCCACCUUUGGAAAAGCUCAUGACUUGUAUCUUUCAAACAGCUGCCGUACGAGCAAGUCUUCCUACAGCAGACUUGGCAACACUUACAAGCUGCCUAGUGGUUAUGCGUCCGCGACAGCACUGGCAGGGAGUAGUUACUUUCUCUGUGACGAUUACGAGGUUUUCUACUUAGCGUAA